UCAGUGAUUCCUAGGCAUCGAGUGACAGAAGAACCAUUGGCUCAGCUUUUGGUUGAACAUCGGUGUUGUUUAUAGUUAGGUGACAAAAUCCCAUCAUAAUGGGCAAGGUCUACAAAUCAGGCCGUGUGGUCAUUGUUCUCAGUGGCUGUUAUGCCGGCAAGAAGGCUCUGGUCAUCAAAAAUAUGGAUGAGGGGUCAUCAGAUCGCUCAUAUGAACAUGCACUGAUUGCUGGCAUUGCCAGGUAUCCUCGGCCAGUCUCCCGCCGCAUGAGGCCCAAGGUCAUUGAAAGGAGAUGCCGCAUCAAGCCCUUUGUCAAGCUGAUCAACUUGAAGCACCUAAUGCCCACGCGCUACUCGGUUAGCGACAUUCCCAUCGAGAAGAGCAUCGUCACCAAGGACUGCAUCAAGGACCCCACCAAGAAGCGAAAGGCUCGUCUCCACGUCAAGAACGUCUUCGAGGAGCGCUACAAGUCGGGCAAGAACAGAUGGUUCUUCGAGAAGCUCCACUUCUAAAUAAAGUGCGAGUGAACAAGA